UGAGUCGACUCAGCUGGAGUUCAUGUCUCAGCAGUGCUCAGCCACAGACCAGCAGUCUCUGUCAGUGUCUCCAGACUCCAGCUCAGUCUACACCUGGAUCCCUGCUGUCGGCCACAGCUCAGGUGAUGCUCAGUGUAAACUGAUGUGUCGCUCACGUGAGCAGGACUUCAUGGUGAGUCGUGGGUCUCAGUUCAUCGAUGGGACGCGGUGUGAAGCUGGUCAUACUGUACCACGUGGUUCCAUUUCUGCCUGUCUGGGUGGAAAGUGCCAGGUAAGUGCCAACUAAGUUUACUUCUUAUUA